CCCAGCCACUUCGGCGGCCACAGCAGGGAGCUGGUUACAGGACGCAUGCUGUAGGGCCUCCGAUUCCAGCACUUUGCGCUCUCCCCCGUCGUCCCGGACCACCUCUAUCCCUGGAGCGCUGGGGCUGCCGCCCGCCAGAGCGGUGCGGCCCGGCGGCCGCUGCCCAUGGAGCCCUUCGUCCUCGCCGCCGUCCUGGCCCUUUCGGGGCUGGCGCUGAGCUGCUGCCGCGAGUCCUUUCUCUCGGAAUGUUAUACAGCAAAUGGGGCUGACUAUCGUGGCACUCAGAACCAGACCUCCCAAUAUGCAGGGAAACCUUGUCUUUUUUGGAAUGAGACCUUUGAGCAUCCUUAUAAUACUCUGAAAUACCCGAAUGGGGAGGGAGGGCUUGGAGAGCAUAACUACUGCAGAAACCCUGAUGGAGAUGUCAGCCCCUGGUGCUACAUUGCAGAGCAUGAGGACGGAAUAUAUUGGAAAUACUGCGAGAUUCCAUCCUGCCGAAUGCCGGGGAAUCUAGGGUGUUACAAGGACCACGGAGAGCCACCACCUCUGACUGGCACCAGUGAGACCUCCAAUAAACUCACUAUCCAAACAUGCAUAAGUUCCUGCCGAAGCCAGCAAUUUAAGUUUGCAGGCAUGGAAUCAGGUUAUGCUUGUUUCUGUGGAAAUAAUCCUGACUACUGGAGAUAUGGAGAGGCAGCCAGUACGGAAUGCAACAGUGUUUGCUUUGGAGACCAUACUCAGCCUUGUGGUGGGGAUGGCAGAGUCAUUCUUUUUGACACCCUUAUUGGUGCCUGUGGAGGGAAUUAUACUUCUGCUACAGCUGUGAUCUAUUCCCCAGAUUUUCCUGACACAUACGGGACAGGCAAAGUCUGUUACUGGACCAUACAAGUUCCAGGAGCAUCUCAAAUCCACUUCAGCUUUGCCCUUUUUGAAAUCAAAGAUUCUACAGAUAUGGUGGAACUGCUGGAUGGCUAUACCUAUCAUGUUCUCGCUCGUUUUAAUGGCAAGAACCGGCCUCCCCACUCCUUUAACAUCUCUUUGGAUUUUGUCAUUCUGUACUUUUUCUCAGAUGAAAUUAACCAAGCCCAGGGAUUUGCUGUCAGAUACAGCGCUGUGAAGGAUAAUGUGCAUCAAAACAAGAUUCCAAUAAAUCAGACACUUUCAGAGAAGAUAAAUGAACAAGCAAAUCUCAGCAUCAAUGCAGCCCGGUCAUCAAAGAUACUUUAUGUCAUCACCACCAGCCCAAGUCAUCCCAGUAGCUCCAUGCCUGAGUGGACAAUAUAUAGUCUAAUAGCACUGCUCAUCUUAAGUGUUACAGCCAUAAUAGCAAAGAUAUUUCUUCACAUAACCAUGAGAUCCCAUCAGAUACCAUCAGUAACUGAAACAGAAGACUCCAGUGAGGUUACUACUGCUGGUGAGAUCUGGAGUAUAUUUUACCAGCCAUCCACAUCAAUAUCUAUCUUCAAGAAAAAGCUUCGAAGUCAACAAGAUGACUGCAACCCACUAGUGGGAAACUGAAGAAUCAGUCAUCUUAAUAUCCAGGUGACUUGGGAAUAAUCCUUCUGUUUUCCUUCCAAUCUCCUACUAUUUUUCAAAAAAGUCUAUUUCUAAAGGCCCUUGAGUGACUUUGCUAAUCGGCUGUUCCCUUGGGUACACCAGUGCUAACAGAUUUAAUUGUGGCAAGAGUUUUGAAGUAUCUGGUGUUCAUCAAAUCUGUAUUGCUUUUAUAAUUACUGCCCUUAAGCCAAUGCACUUGAAAGACAUGUAAAAACCUAUAAAAUUCAAAAUGCCCCACCAGAAGUAAUUGAAUUAAUAUCUGAAGGUUAAGAUAAGAUCUGAAGGUUAAGAUCCUAAUUUCCUGCAUCACUGUAUUAUAUCAGGCUACUUUAGUCCUUUUAUUCUCAAGGCUGAAGAUAGGUGGAUACUGGUAACUGUUCAGCUGCCACAACAAACAGAGCUUAUUUGCGUCAAUGUAAACAUUUCUAGAUGGUACUUUACAGUAAAAUGGGAGUCAAAGAUAUUGAGAAACUAUCAGCUUGGUUGCCCAGUCCUCUGCUGUUUCUUCAUUUUGUUUCUAGAAGCAGAGGUGUACAGCAACAAAUAAUCAAAUUCAGGAGGAAAAUGCUCUAUGGACUUUCAGCUGCAAAUGUGAGUUUUGAUGGGAGUAAUGCUCACCAGGUCAAGGUCUGCAUUUGAGCACUGAAGACUUUUAAAUUACCAUGUCUGACCCAUCAGUCACUGAUGAUAGUAGCUAUUUUGUUUGUUUUCAUAGCAGUCCUUUAAAAAAAUCAGUGCUCUCCAGACUGAAGUUGUGCAUUCAUUCUGGAUGUAAGGUUAGGGCAUCUUAAAGAGUUGUCCAAAGAAACUGUAAAUCUACUGAAUUUUUCACAAUGAGGCUGAUUAACACAAAUUCUUACUCUGAAGUUGAAGAUACUGAUCUCAGCAGCCUAAACUAUUUACAAAGUUGUAGCCUGUUGUCAACAACUCACCUGUGCCAGGCUGCUCAUCUGAACACUAAUGUAGCAAUUGCCUUUAUACUUAACCUGUGAGAAGAAAAAGUGCCUCCUAGUCUGCAGAAUUUAAGAUGAACUCCAUUUUUAACAUGAACACCCUUAAUUGCCAAAGAACUAAAACAUCAGUGGGUUUCUGAUCUCUCAAAUAAUUUCUCUUCACUUGCAACAGAUAGCAAUAACUAUUUUUUUCUCUUUGGUAGAAUAUCUGUCCACCCACAAUGCUCAGACUUUUCAUCCCACCACCAGGGAUUAACAGUGAGUCUGUCAUCCUCAGCAAGACAAGACCAGCAAGAUAUUUGGGAAAAACUGACAAUACAGAAGUCAGAUAAAUUGACUGGAAAAGUUUACUGAGUGAGCAGGUCCUUAAACUAAGUUAGAGGUUAGGGUUAGUGAGAGCCACCAAAGUAACAGUAAUUCCAGUUAAGAUAAAAGGAAUAAAUAUCAAUUUAGAUGUAUACCAGUGGUCUGUGUAUACCAGACUUGCAGUAAACAAUUAUUAAGUGUAUCUGCAAAAGACAACUUAAGAAAAGUAAGAAAAUUGUCACCGAGUUUAAAUUCAUUAUAGCAUCUGCCCUUCUGUUUUUAACAUAACUACCCCCACCUUGAUGAGGUCUAUAAAUUCCUUUAAAAAAAUAGGGCAUCUAAGAGUUAAACAAUCAAAUACUGUGCCUUACUUGUUAUUCUAGAUCUAGUCUUUUACCUGAAUUGAAUUUAUUCCAGCUCUAUUUGUCUACUACAGCUGAGUGCCAGAGACAGCUGAACAAUACCACAAUAAAUGCUUAAUAGAAACAAGACUUUAAUAAGCCAGCAAUUUUGAAAUUGUUUUAUAUCAAAAAUUUAUCUUCAUGGGAACAUCUAGUACUUUCUGCUGGAAAGAAUACAGGAAAGGAUAAUUACAGUAUCACCUAACAGCAAGGCAGGAUGAGUUGUAAAAUAUGCUGGUUAUAUCUUACAUGUCAUCACGUUCGACCAAAAUGUAUCUCUUUCAGAUCCAACAUAAAUUUUUUUAAUUGCCUUUUUAACAGGUUCAUGCAGUGUAGGGAAGGUGUGUACCUCACACAUUUGUAGCAAAUCCUAUUAACAAAUUAAUACAGUUCACUAUUGAAAAACAGUGACAGAGUCAGGGUGUAAAACUAGAUCCUUAAGUUAUGAUGCAUAUCAUGAUGGAGCUUUGUUUGCUUGCUGUAUCAAAUGUUUUUGAGCAGCUAAACAUACAUAAUCAAAGGCACAUUCAUAAAGCACUUGGCUAAUGCUCAUAAACUGAAAAAAACAUCAGGAGCAUCCCAUGACUGAUUUCUGCCUACUGCAGAAGGAAAAAAUUCUAAACUGAAAAAUCUGUUUCUAAAUUCUCUAGAUUUUGCAUCAGUAGCAUCACUCUUUUUAUUGUUGUUUGUCAUGGCCUUUCUCUAAUUUUAUAGUGAAACUAAAUUCUUUACUGAAGAAGAGAAGCAACAGGUAAAGAUGUAUGGACAGAGUCACUUAAAUAGCACUUCUUACUACACAAGCCUGAGACCAUAAAGGUGUAGGUGUAUCUCUGUGGUGUUUUUUUCAGAAUGUGGUAUGGUCACUCGUACCACUAGUGCAAACACUUCAGUGGCGUAGUGGUAUAUGACCAACAUAUAUGGUAUCUAUUAAUGUAGCACUUAUGAUCUUUGCUGUAAGGGUUUGGGGAGAGAAAGAAGAAGGGUCUGACAUGCACAACUGUUGUAAUCCCACAUGAGUCAGCAUAUAGAAACACCCCUAGGACACUAGCAGCUGAGUGCUGGCAGCUGGAGGGCAUGGAAAUUUCAGGAUGGUAGUGUUUACUGAGUUUUCUUCAACCAAUUGAAAAUAACUGCAGAAGAAUUUGUUUUUAAUUGUAUCUGAAUGGCCUUCUGACCUCCAUUCUUGUAGUUCACUCAACAGGCUGGACAGGCUGCAAAUGUGACAUUGUCGCCAAUGUCAAAAGCAAGUGUUUUGACAACAAAACUAUCAUGAGGAGCUGCCUCCUCACACACAUGCAUUCCAGCCUCUGCUCUGCGCCCUCUCAUCACUGUUAUGUUGGUACAAUUGGCUGUGUGGCGGUGCAAUAAACUGAUCAGGUUAAAAACUACCAUCGCUUUUUCUUCCCCGAGUUACUUUUAAAAGAGAUGAGUCCUAUGAUCUUGUUUACUGGGUGGAUGCAGAGAGAGAAGUGAGCUAACACAGCUAAGUGGACAAUAAGCUGUAGAUAAAAGAUAGCUGUCUGUCUCUGAAGCAGGGGCAGUGACUACUUGUGCUGGCACUGUCGCUGUGGCAAUUUAUGAAACUGCCUCCUUACUUAAUACAGCAUGUCAGUAUGCAGACCUCAGGUGGAAGGGGGCCAGCUGGAGACGCAACCUCCCUAAUUCAAAAUACAUGUUUAAAACUAGUUUAGUUUGUGACUAAAUGAUUUUAUAUGUAUUUUUGUCUUUAUAUUAUUGGGUGUGGGAAUAGAGAUUGUUAUUUAAGAUGUGUCAUAUGUUAUCAUAGUAAUAUAUUUGUAAAUGUAUAGGAAAUGCUUAUUUAACACAGCAUACUAUGCUUGUAUCUUGUUAACCUUUUAUAGGAAGAAAUUAUGUUAGUUUACACUCUAGGGAAAAUAAAUUUUCUAUAUAUUAUAACCACAAAAAAAAAAUCAUUGGUAUAUAUGAUGAAAGAACAGUGAUAGAGAGUAACUCAGACUCAGUUUUGGGGCACAAUAGACGCUGACAAAACAAUCGCUCUAAGACACAUUUUCCUCUUUUGCAUCUCAUUUCUAGCUUGUAGUAGUACUAGGCAGUUCAUCAGAUCCUGAAAAUCCAUGUCUUUAUACUCUCAGGACUAUUUUAACAACCACAACAGCUGCUUUUCCAAUCAACCAUUAAGGUCUCCUUUUUUAGGGCUUGUUUCUGACAGAUUUUCUGUAGCCAGAACAAUGUUGAAGUUUAUCACACUGCUUAGGCAGACAACCCACUUGUACAGCAAAAACUGUAGUCUAUAUUCCAGGCUCCCCUGGCAGUACUGUAAAUGGGAGAUUUUUAGAUAGCCCUGUAAACUGUACUGAAUCUGCAGCCUAGACGACUACAGGCCAAACACAUCAGCAGACACAUGGCUGCCACUGAAUGAGGAUGACUAACUAUUCCAGUUUCAUCUGCUUAAUACACUUUCUGUGGCAGUGGGAAGGACUGCCAACAGAUUUUUCAGGUGCACCACUUUGCCUAAAGGAAGGGUGAACUACAAAAACAACUCCUGACAAAUACUUGUCCAACUGGUUCUUAAUACCUUGUAGCAAUGGUAUUUCACAAUUUUCCAAUGAAAUACAGUCCAAUGAUAGUUUCACUUGAAUAUUAUUCUACACAUGUACAAACCACCUUAUUCCACUACCUUGAGAUCUUGAGAGUUAAAAAUAAAAUUUCAGACAAUUUUUUCUAUAACAACAUACCCCCCAGCAGAUAGAAUGAAUUGCAUAAAAAGUGUUUCUCAGCUUUACUGAGCCACCUGUGUUUUGGGAUGAAAUAUGGCAUUCUGAACUGCGGUCUCAACUUACUGUAAAUCCAAAGCUAUCACAUGAACGAAAUAAUACUGACAAAACUGAAUAAAUCCAAUUUGAAAUGAC